UGUUAGAGUAAAAAGGAGAAAAAAAAAAAUAAAAAUAAACAAAAAUCUCUCCCUCACGCGCAAGCACGCUUGAGUUUUUUUCUUCACGCGUCUGCCCUAACACCGCCGCCCACGUCUGCCAGAUCUGAAGCCGCCAGCUUUCGUCUCGCCAUCGAAUCAGCCGCCGCAGCCGUUCACGUAAGCUCUAGACGACGUCGCGCCGCCACGCCUGAAGGUUUCGUCGCCGGCCGGUCGUGUCGCACGCCACAGGUCUGCCGAGCCGGGCGCCGAUCUCCCUUCUCCGUUCGCCGCGUCGUUGCCGAGCCAGUCGCCUUCUGUCAGUUUCGUCCGCGCCACUCUUCUCCAACAAGCGGACGCCGCCGGAUCUCUUCAGCCCAGACCACUCACCGCCCUCGGACGUCUUCGGCUCCUUCUCGUCAGAUUUUGUUUUGAUUUCGCCGGAAUCCUUGAUUUUGGGUUCACACUGUCUCGCAUUUGGCGUCCCACUCAGCCAUCGUCGACUACUCAGCCAUUGUCGCCAUCAAUUCCUUAAACUAUAGUUGAAGCUUUUGUUGGAAAUGGCUGGUCAAUCAGAUCCUCACCUGAACCUAUUUUCUGCCGAAGAGGUUGAGUUUGUAGCUGAAGAUGAAAUGGUGGAGAUUGUUCCUAAUAUGAGAAUGGAUUCUCUGCAUUUGAUCUGUGGGGAUUAUGGUCCAUUCUAUCCCCAAAUAGCAACUGAAGUUCCAUUGUGGCUAGCGAUUGCUCUGAAAAAAAGAGGGAAAUGUGCAAUUAGGCCUCCAGAGUGGAUGUCAGUGGAAAAGUUGACACAAAUUUUGGAGGCAGAACGAGAGUCUCAAGGAUCUUUCCAGAUACUACCCUUCCAUUACGUGGAAAUAUCAAAGCUUCUUUUUGACCAUGCACGAGAUGACGUUCCUGACAUGUAUUUGGUGAGGUCUCUUAUUGAAGAUAUCAGGGAUGUUAGGUUUCACAAAGUUGAAACCAGUUUGGAGUCAAUUGAUACACGCACAUCUGCAGUGAAGAUUAAAGAUCUAUCUGCCAUGGAAGUGAAUAUAGUUCGACCAUUCGUUGUUAGAGCACUGCAAGCAAUUUACAAGCAUGGAAAUCCAGAGUUGGUUCCAGAUCAAGAUAGGAUGACCAAUGUGCAGCCACAAGGACACGAUCACGGACAAAGACGACCUCUUCGAAGACGGUAGAGUUUGCGUCGAUCUCGGUAGGUACGUUCUGAUUUUGCUCAGCAGUGCUAAAUGAAAGCCAGGAUGGAUUCUUCUUCAAAAUCAUUUAAAGGGUUUGCUUUUUUAUUUUCUUAUUCCAGCUAAGCUCUCUUGUAGGUCGUUCAUUUAUUACUAGAAAGUGCAGACAUAUCAUGCUCGUGGUAGAUUUGUUAGCAUAAUAGGCUAACUGUGGAUGUACAUGGAACCAUGCAAUGAUAUUUAUUUACGAUAGAUGAAAGGUCAAAGAUUCUUGUUUAAUCCUCUAAUUAUUUCUCUAUCA